AAGGGGCGCCAUAUUGUUGUCCGCUGUGUCUCCAGAAAUAAAGCUACGCAGUUAACUGACACACCUACUACAGCGAAUGGGUAAACCUUGACGGUGUAUUUUCUUACAGGCGCAAUUAUGGCAAGCCCAAUAAAAGAUAACUACAGAAUGAAGCGCUACAAAAAUAAAGCCAUGAAUCCUCAGGAGAUGCGCAGACGGAGAGAAGAAGAAGGGAUUCAGCUUCGGAAACAAAAGCGAGAAGAGCAGUUGUUUAAGAGAAGAAACGUCUCGCUUCCUACUAAUGAAGAAUCCAUGUUAGAAUGCCCAAUACAGGAUCCCGACAUAAGCUCCACAGUGCCACAUGCAGGAGAAGGAGUAAUAACGCCCGAUAUGGUUCAGAUGAUUUUUUCCGAUGAUCCUGAUCAGCAACUUGUGGCAACACAAAAGUUUAGGAAAUUACUCUCUAAAGAACCUUAUCCACCUAUAGAUGAAGUAAUACUUACACAAGGAGUUGUAAACAGAUUUGUACAGUUUCUCAAAAGACUUGAAAAUUGCACACUGCAGUUUGAAGCAGCAUGGGCUUUAACGAAUAUAGCGUCUGGAACUUUUCAACAUACCAAAGUUGUUAUCGAAACUGGUGCAGUACCAAUUUUUAUAGAGUUGCUCAAUUCAGAAUAUGAAGAUGUACAAGAACAGGCAGUCUGGGCUCUGGGAAAUAUAGCUGGGGACAAUGCAGAGUGCAGAGACUAUGUGUUAAACUGUGAAAUACUUCCUUCACUCUUACAAUUACUAACAAAGUCAAGUCGACUUACAACAACAAGAAAUGCAGUAUGGGCUCUGUCUAAUUUAUGCAGAGGGAAGAAUCCUCCUCCAGAUUUUAGUAAGGUAUCUCCGUGUUUGAAUGUGUUGUCAAGGCUUCUCUUCAGCAGUGAUCCAGAUGUGUUGGCAGAUGCUUGCUGGGCCCUUUCAUAUCUCUCAGAUGGACCCAAUGACAAAAUUCAAGCAGUAAUUGACUCCGGUGUUUGUAGAAGACUAGUGGAGCUUUUGAUGAACAGUGACUACAAGGUUGUUUCCCCUGUGUUGAGGGCAGUUGGAAAUAUAGUAACAGGUGAUGACGUUCAAACUCAGGUAAUACUUAACUGCUCAGCAUUGCCUUGUCUUCUACAUCUACUGAGUAGUCCUAAAGAAUCUAUAAGAAAGGAAGCCUGCUGGACUGUUUCUAAUAUUACUGCAGGAAACAGAACUCAGAUCCAGGCUGUAAUAGAAUCAAACAUAUUCCCUGUACUAAUUGAGAUUCUUCAGAAAGCUGAGUUUCGCACAAGAAAGGAAGCCGCAUGGGCCAUCACUAAUGCAACAUCAGGAGGAACACCUGAACAGAUCAGGUACUUGGUAUCCUUGAAUUCCAUUAAGCCCCUUUGUGACUUGCUGACCGUGAUGGACUCUAAAAUAGUUCAAGUUGCUUUGAAUGGGCUGGAAAAUAUUUUAAGAUUGGGAGAGCAAGAAGCAAAACAGAAUGGCACAGGCAUCAACCCUUACUGCUCCUUUAUAGAAGAAGCAUAUGGUCUGGAUAAAAUUGAAUUUCUCCAAAGUCAUGAGAACCAAGAGAUCUAUCAGAAGGCUUUUGAUUUAAUAGAACACUAUUUUGGUGUGGAAGAAGAAGAUUCCAGCAUUGCCCCGCAGGUUGACGAGACCCAACAACAGUUCAUCUUUCAGCAACAGGAGGCACCAAUGGAGGGGUUUCAGCUGUAACCCCAAACCCAAAUAUCCUGAACAGCCUUCAGGCAAGAGUGCUCCAAGCUUCUUUUUUUAUCAUUUAACUUUUUUUUUUUUUUCACCCCCCAAUUAUCUUCACAUGGUGAAAGCCUGAAACUGCCCUGUUCGUUUUUUAGAUGGUUACAUUUUGUUGUUGUUGGCAAGAUAAACAUUUUAUUAUUUAA